CGAUAAGAUUCCCUACGUCAGUUCGAGCUUCGAAGAUCGCAAUCCUCCUCUAUCUCGACUCUGCCAAUCCCCCCUACUUUCCUCUACUGGACUCUACACACUCCAUCUCUUCUGCAAAUUCAAAUACAUUUACCAAACCCAUUGGAACUCAUCUUGAUCGAUCCGCGCGACAGCCACCUAGCCAUAUUUCACCUCACGAGGUAGCUCACCAGCACAACCGACUAGACCAACAGGUCUAUAUCUUGACACCCCCACCAUCCACCGACCUUCGAACCAGACCUCCCACCCAACAUGGCCUUACAUCGCGUCAUCGUAGCGCCCCGACUCUUCCGCCCCCUGGCCCAACCAUCCCUCCGAUCGCUCGCGGUUUCCCGAAGCUACGCCAGCAAAACAUCCGAUACAUCAACAGACGGAGCAUCAGGCAAGAGUCAGCAAAAGGCACAACCGAAGAUCCUGAACACCAGUCCUCCCAAAGAUGGGGAGGAGUCGGCUGAUGUCAAGAAGCACAAUGAUGAAAUGGCAAAGCGUGCGGAUAAGCCGGCCGAAAAGGUGAAGGAUGAGGACGUGGAGAACGACAAGGUCGGCAAGGGCUUUUGGCAGGGUCAAGCUGGGCAUGGAGAAGGAAAGAAGUGAUUCUAUUCGCUUCCGUCUAAUGGCCGAUUACUGGAUGUAUACCUACGUUACUGGACAAGGUCCUGUUUGUGCGGAUCACUGGGCUGGGUUGGACGUGCUUUUACUCAGCAUUCCUAGGGCGAUUCUGCAACAAUUGCUUCAGCCACUGGCUAGAAUGCCGUCUUAUCAUGUUCGAUACCAUAUUGCUUGACAAAGUGAAGUCAGAUGUCUUAUAUCUGUCCUGUCUGGCGUCUCAAUGGUUGACAGGCAUACGUGCACUGCCUUCUCAGCUCUGCAGCCAUAGCACCCAUGGGGAAAUUAGGGUGAACAUGCCCAUAGUAGUCC